UUGAGCUUGCCUCACAACAUGCAGCCAUAGAUAAACGAGAUAGAGGGAUUGGAAACGACAAAACUCCUCGAAUACUAUCCGCGUUUCGCUGCGGUUUAAUCGAGGCUUACGUUUGAUUAUGGCUGAGGCUCAGGCUAGGACAAAGACACCUUCAAACAAACCAUCUAUGAAGAAGCCAUCGAACAAGAAAAUAGAAGACGAGUUGGAAAUUGUGUUGAAUGCUAUUGGAUGUGUGUUAAAGACGGAAGAAGAAAUUGAUGUUAAAGUAGAAAGUAAAAGAUCUAUACAACAAGUUGUGGAAUUGUCACAGUCAGCUGAAAAGAAGGCCAUACUUCAAACAUUUUGUCUGGAACUAGUAGCUGUGAUAAACAAAACACUGAAGCACUUUGGGAGAGUCAGAGAACACACAGCAAAAGAGCGAGCUCAAACAUUAUUCUUCACGUCAUCACAGCAGGAACUACCUGGUGUAUGGAAACAUGGUUGUGCCCAGCUAGGAAUAUCAGUUGUCAGUGUACAUCAACAGCAGUCAGUAAAUCGAGUUUUGUUCGAAAAAGUUUUGGCUAGGAGUCUAAGUCACUGUGAAGAUAAUUCAAGUAAGCUUACCCGUAAACGAGAAGAUCUUUCAUGUGACGAAUGUAAUGCUGUUAGAUAUGCAGCCGGCUAUACAACAAAAAAGCUAUUAGAAGUGUAUAAAAAAGUUAAUUCAUGUACUGCUGCUAACUUUGUUGAAUGUCUCUCUCAAAUGAAAAUGGUGGGUCAUCGACAUGGAAGUAUUGAAGACUGCUCUUUUUACGACUUUUCAAUGGAAUGGAUGGCAAACAUUGACAGAGGUGGACUGUUCUACGUAGAUGACAAAAGUUUUAUGCUGUUUAAAGCUAUUGAAAUAAAAACACAAGAAUUGCUCCCACAGCACUUACGAACACAACAAACGAGCAGUAAGGAGUUGAUUGCUGAAGUAGUAGCCGAUGAUGAUGUACAAUUUUGGUGGUCUAUGAUAUCCAUUGACAUUGAUUUAGAGAUUGAACAAUCACAAUUGCUGGAGGAGAUAAUUGAAAAGUGGAUAACUAUGAGAGGUUUUUCAAUGGUGUCUUCUUGGCUUGAGCAGUACAAGCUAGCCAAGCAAAAGAAUGUCAAAAGAUCAAAAAGUCUCAGAAAAGAUCUCAGUACUGACUAGCUGUAGCUGUGUACAUGUAUUAAUACUUUGGUGCAAUAUUAUGUUUCUCUCGUUUUAGGGAUAUUACUUAUCUAAUUACAAGUAUGUAUUGAAGUUACGAUAGUAAUUAAUACAGUCAUGGAAUUAUAGAGUUAAAAACAACAUGAAACACAAUAAUACAUACAACACACCCUACUUAUGUCUAGGUCUCUUCUUAAGGGGAGUGUCAUCAACUACUUCCUCUUCAUUAAAUAGCCUUCUCUUUUUAGACGAAUUUCCCCUUACUGGUAGCAUGGAAAGACUGCCUUGAACUCGAAUUGAUUGGGAAGAUUGCAAGCAAGAUUGUAGAGUAGGGUUAGUACAAAAUCCUCCUCUACUACGCAACUGUCCAAAAUAGUUUUCUAAUGGAUCUUGAGAGAAACAUUCGCUGAGUAAGUAUCGACCAGACACACAUGGUAGACUAAACAAGUAUCGAAUGACAGCCACAAAUGAUUUCACUGCAAAAAUAGAUAUGCACAUACCUAUACAUGUAUGUAUAUGCUAUAUGUAAUUACCAGUAAUCCUUAAUCCUUCCCUAGUUGCCCUGCUCAGAAGCAUUGUUGGUUUUUCUGCCUUCGGUACAUCAGUUCUUGUUUCCACACUAUCCUCCCAUUCUUUGAGGUAUCCUAGGAAAUCUUUUUCCAACCACUGCAAUAGAAGUGUGUGUACAGUGUGUUAUAAAUGGUAUGUUGCCAUUUUAAUCUUACAUUUAGGCGUGCAUCGUCAGCAUCUUCAUAUGGCUUCAAGUUGUGUUUUCUCCGUUUUAAGUAUACUUUUGGGUGACGUACAUUAAGACAGUCGAACAACUUAUCCAUCAUGCGCACGAAUCUUUGCGUUUCAAAUGUGUCCACAGACCCUUGCAUACACAAUCCUUCAGCGACUGAUUCACUUAAUACCUGUGCAUAACGAUGUAUUAAUUUAAUAACAAGGCAUUUCCUUACCUCGGCUGCAAGGCUCACUUUCAUUCUUGAAUACGAAUUUAGAUCAACAUGUUCUUUCGAAAGUUUUUUAAGAAGAAAUAGUCCCUCUGACCUCUUUCCCAUUGAUACUUUGCCAUUGUAGAGGGAGCGCAAAUGAUCCCAGCUAAUAUGUUUGCCAUUGAUCUGUGAACAGAUUCAUAAUUUGAAAGAGCAAACAACCACAUGAUUUAUACUCACCCACAGUUUUCUUGUCCAUCCAUGCCCAAAGGAAUGUGACCAACAAUUACGCGUUGUUUUAAUAAGGUGAGGGAUGUCUGAAAAGAAGUGAAUGUAUCGUUCUUCAGUAGUAUAUGGAUUUUUAACUCGGUGACAAACAUCAUCCUUACUAACAGAGUGUAUAUUAAAUAGCUUUCGAUUUGUUGAAGCGCCAUCUCCGGUUACUGCUAUUACUUUAAAACCAAGUCUCUCUAAUCGUUCUAUUGCCUCCCAGACCAUGAAAAAUAGCGAUGAUCCUGUUACUUCAGCUGUAGCAAAAUGAGCAUACGGAAAAUGCAAUCCAGUAAAAACACCUCUUACCAUAAGGCAAAGCAAAUGUGUUGCAACGCUAUUAUCGGAAAUGUUGCUCUCGCUUAGUUGAUUUUCUACAUCACUCAAAUGAACGAAACCAAUCACAUUAUGAUGAUGCUUAUCAUAGACCAAACUCUCUCGCAACUUCAUUUCAUCUAUUAAAAUUACAAUGAACUUUUUCCACUCCAAUAGUCCAUGUUUACUAGCUUCUUCCAGCAACAUUUUAUCAACUUCGGAUUGGAAACCACACUUAACUUUGAAUACAUGAGAAUAAUCUCUAAGUGUUCUUUCUGAUGGUAGUCUUAUAAAGCCAGAAGAACGCAAGGAAUGAUAAGCAGCUGAGGAGAGAUACUUUAGAUUUAAACACCACCUUAUCAUUGUGGGAUGCCACCUCAUUUGUGCAGCGUUCAUCACUGUUGCUGCUUUCAGUUGUUGAUCCCAGAAGAGCCUUUUAAAAGAACCUUCAGGAUAAGCUUUCAAAAUUGAAUCACUUCUUUGUACCAUUAUACCACGUAGCUCUUGAUGUAGAGGCUCAUCUACACUAACUCCUUUUGAAUCAGAUGAUUCCUGUAUUUUAGUUUUUAACCGUUUCACUUCAAUCUCCAUAAAUUUACAACGACUUCGUAGACUUUUUAGCUUCUCUGUUCUUUGAGGAGUCUUUAAAUACCGAUCGUUAGUAUGCAUGCUUGCAUCCUGAUUUGCACUUGAAUAUCGGCUAUGCAACGAACGUAAAGUACAUCUGUACUUAGAGCAAUUAAUACAUUUUUCACCAUUCACUAACAGUUCGCAAUUAAUUGUUCGUACAGUUUUUGAGUACGUUUGCUUGCCAUUUGCAACAGGGAAUCCACUGUCUAACUGAGCUUUUAUUUCUCCAUUAGGACUCAAUAAUUUUCCUUUGCGUGACACAAUCAUACCCACAAAAUGCGGAUCAGGGUUACCAGUACACACAGUACUUGAUUGAAUUACAUCCAAAAGCUGUCUGAAACUCGAAAAACUUAUUAGCGUAAAUGGAAUUGAUGACAGUACUUUGGUAUUUCCUGCGUCAACUUUGUGACCGUGAACAAACAAUUCCCAAGAUAAAUCAACAUUUACUAACAAUGUAUGUGUUAUAACCAGAGGUUGACUUGAAGUAGAAGCUUCAGAUGAUAUCUUACAGAGUUUGAUUGCUGUUAUUGGCCUUUCAGGUGAUGUUUGAUUACUCCAUGUCAUAUCAAGGGUAGGCACUACGCGAUCAUGAAAAUCUUCCAGAGUAUUAACCUCAACAUUUUGUUCUUUAUUAGAUGUCGAUGGAACAGCGGAUAUGCUUUCCUGUAGCAAGUUAUUGACAUUAUCAUUGUGUUUUUAUACUUAUAUACUUGCAACAUACUUUCUUUUUCUGUUUUUCACUUUCCCAAUUUUUGGCUUGGUAGAAUCUCAACUUUCGCGGCAUUUUACUUCUCUGAUUUUCUAAGAAACGGAUUAUAACAAAACACAGUCAUUCUCAUUCAACAAAUCCACAGCUUUUAAAUUGCCCAAUAUCAUAGUAAUAACUAUUGGAGCACUUUAAUAAUAGGUACGGAAACAUUACACACUUUUUAUACAAAAAGUAACUGACACAGGCAAGUACAUUUCUUACUAUAAUUGGCUAACACAAUAUUCUUGUUCAUUCAAGUGUAAAUUAGUGCCAGAUAUAUUUUCAGCCCAUUUUACAAACUACUUUAUAAGUUAUAGGAACAGAAACAUGAAAUUUACUGAAAAAACUGCUGUUACUCACCUAUACUUGCAAAAAUUUUACAGCUGCACUAUACCAACUUUAUGACAGUGUAUGCCACGUGGGUGAACACAUUUUACCACUGUAAACGUCACUGAUGAGACUUCCUAGCUUUGGUUAAACGAUUUUUCACAUAGCACAAAGCUAUUUCGAGGGCGAAACGCGGUUGUUAUUUGGGGGUGUUACGUCACAUAAGCAAAUUGUGUAGCAUCACGUGAUCCGUUUCCAAUCCCUCUCUCUCUUUUAUCUAUGAUGCAGCACAACAAGGUUCUUGGAUCCAGGUACUGGUGGUCAUACUUUGUACGCUGCCUGUCACCUCCUGGUAAGCUGAUCAAUCUUUUAGUGGCCUGAAAAGAAAAGAAUCAAGACUGUCGUCAGAUCAAGCAAAGGAACAAACGUUUAUCAUCACUUACACUUCUACAUUUACACAGAGACUAGACUAGACAUGAUUGCAUUGACAUUUGACAUACCUUAAGAAGAGUUGGCUAGAGUUUGCCAUCCCAGGCGACUUGAGCUUCUGGUCAUGAACAUUCUCUGACGUGCUGAUGGCACUGUACUGUUGUAUUAUACUGUCAGUACUGUGCACCAUCUAGAAAACAGUGGGCGUUGACGACAAAAGGGCGUGACUCCACCGGAAGUGGGCGUGGCCUAAAUUUGGCGGCGCGCUUUGCGCGCAAAGAGCACCCCCAUUGACAGAAUCCUAGGAUCGCCCCUGGAAAAGGCUCACUAAAGUAGAAAGCUAAUUAUGACUUGUUUGUUGUCUCAGGAUGCGCUUCGUUGCUGACUCUGGACCAGGAGCCAUACUUCUCUAAUUCUUUGCUGGAUCCUAGUCUCAUGUAUCACUAAAACUCUGUUCUCAACUGUUUCACCGUGCCUCCAGUUUGGUUUAGUUUUAUUGCUCCUUGAUCCUGAGUUGCUGUGUUAGACAGCUAUAAAGUCAUACAAACUACAUUUACUGCAUUUAUAUAUCACUCCUCUGGUUUCUUUAUAAUCAUGUCACCAGCCGAGGAUUUGCACUUCAGUGCUCUAGUUUCCUUAUAAAUGCCACUUACAUAAUUAUGUAAUUAUAACCUAGAUUAUAAUACCUCUGAUGAGCUGUUGUUGAUCUUAUACUACCCUCACAGAAACGACUGCUACCUGCACCUGAAAUCAGAAACACAGAUGAUGCAAUCGCUCCCCACCUAUUGACGCUUGAAAUACCCCUCGAUUUCAGAAAGAAAGUUGGUCAAGGCAGUUACGGUGCGGUAUACGCUGUUAACUAUGGCCAUACAAGUUGCAUUGCAAAAAGGCUCUGGGACAUUUUUCUAGGUCGUGGUGGAUAUGAACUUGGUAACGAUCAAGGGAAAAAGUUCUAUCAUCAGAAGUUUAUUUAUGAGUGUGUGCUUCUAAGUCGAACGAAUCAUUCGAAUAUCGUCAGAUUUAUCGGUGUACACUGCGGAAAAGAUGAGUUUGACCUCACUCUUUUGAUGGAGCGACUGCACACUGAUCUAGGGCAGUACUUAGAGAGCAAACCUAUCAUUGCGUAUAAGACUGAAGUCUCGAUACUUAACAAUGUAUCCUAUGGACUACUCUAUCUUCACGAGGAGUGCUCUAUCAUCCAUCGCGAUCUCACAGCUGCCCAACAUUCUUCUAACAGCCGACAACCGAGCCAAGAUAUAUAGCCGACCUUGGUAUGUCCAGAAUCUUUGACAUUCGGAUGUAGAAGAUGUCUAAAGUACCUGGUAAUCAGUACUACAUGUCACCAGAGGCUUUACAAGACAAGCCAUUAUGACAAAAGACUCGAUAUUUUCUCGUUUGGUGUUAUAGCUUUGUAUGUAGCAACUCAAGAUUUUCCAGAACCCUCCUGUGAUCAUGUUCCCGAUGCUGUGCAUGCCAGGGGAGAGUGUGAGCUAUUCAAGCGACAGAAAUUGAU